UUUGUUGGUGAUUUUUAAUACAUACACUAAUGUAACCAACAAUUUAUUGUUAGUUAUUCAAAAUUUAACACAUAGAGUAAAAAUGGAGAAUUUGAAAUGGAUAUUUCUUUUUUUGUUAAUAUUCUGUUUGAUAUUUAACGAAGCGAUUCGAAAUAAACAAUCGGAUAACGAAAAAAAAUGCCAAUUUGAACAAGGUACGAUAAGAACAGCUGUUGAAAAUGGAGACUUGGAAUUCUUAACAUAUGCUUUUGAAAAUAAAUUUAAAUGGGAUGAAGAUAUUACUAUCGUAGCUGCUGGAAAUGGGUAUUUGGAAUGUUUAAAAUUAGCACAUCAAAAUGGAUGUAUAUGGGAUGAAAGGACAUCAGAAGCAGCUGCUUAUAAUGGUAAUUUUAAAUGUUUAAAAUAUGCUCAUGAAAAUGGUUGUAAAUGGGAUGUAACCACAACUACUGCAGCUGCCACAAGAGGUAGCUUAAAAAUUUUACAAUAUGCUCAUACAAAUGGAUGCGAAUGGAACGAAAAUACAACAAGAGCUGCAGCAGAUAAUGGUCAUUUUGAAUGUUUAAAAUACGCUCACGAAAAUGAGUGUCCUUGGAAUGAAAGCACAACUAUUGCAGCUGCCACAAGAGGAAAUUUACAAAUUUUACAAUAUGCUCAUAAAAAUGGAUGUGGAUGGAAUGAAAAUACAACAAGAGUUGCUGCUGCUAACGGAUAUUUGGAUUGUUUAAAAUACGCUCACGAAAAUGGAUGUCCUUGGAAUGAAAGCACAACAGAGGCAGCUGCAAAAUAUGGUAAUUUAGAAUGCUUAAAAUAUGCUUAUGAAAAUGGAUGUAAAUGGAAUCAAUUAUCUAUCGUUAGAUGGUCAAUAUUAAAUAAUAAUCUAGAAAUAUUAAUAUAUGCUCACGAAAAUGGAUACGAAUUGGAUGAACUCACAGUUAAUUUAGCUGCUAUAACAGGUAAUCUAGAAAUUUUAAAAUAUUGUCAUGACAAUAAAUGUCCGUGGGAUGAAGGUACAAUUCGUGCUGCUGCUUCAAAAGGUCACUUACAGAUUUUAAAAUAUGCACAUGAAAAUGAGUGUCCGUGGAAUGAAAGCAUAACAGAAGAAGCUGCUUAUAAUGGUCAUUUUAAAUUCUUAAAAUAUGCUCAUGAAAAUGGAUGUCCAUGGGAUGAACGCACAACUACUGCUGCUGCCUCAAAGGGUAAUUUAAAAAUUUUAAAAUAUGCACAUAAAAAUGGAUGUCCAUGGGAUGUAAGCACAACAGAAACUGCUGCAUAUAAUGGUCAUUUUAAAUGCUUAAAAUAUGCUCAUGAAAAUGGCUGCAAAUGGGAUGAAGGUACAACUACUGCUGCUGCUUCAAAAGGUAAUUUUAAAAUAUUCAAAUAUUUACAUGAAAAUGAGUGUCCAUGGGAUGAAAGUGCAUCCUAUAUGGCUGCCAUAAGAGGUCAUUUAGAAAUUUUAAAAUAUUUACAUGAAAAUGAAUGCGAGUGGGAUGAAAACACAACAAAACUUGCUGCUUAUAAUGGUAAUUUUAAAUGUUUAAAAUAUGCUCAUGAAAAUAAUUGUAAAUGGAAUGAAGGCACAACUAUUGCUGCUGCUACAAGAGGUAAUUUAAAAAUUUUAAAAUAUGCACAUGAAAAUAAAUGUCCGUGGAAUGAAAUUACAACAGAAGCAGCUGCUUCUGUUGGGAAUUUAGAAUGUUUAAAAUAUGCACAUGAAAAUGGAUGUAAGUGGGAUGUAGGCACAACUCGAGCUGCUGCAGCAAAUGGUUAUUUCGAUUGCUUAAAGUACGCCCACGAAAACGGAUGUCCUUGGGAUGAGAGUACAACUAUAGCUGCUGCAAGAAGUGGCUGUUUAGACUGCUUAGUGUAUGCUCAUGAUAAAGGAUUUGAUUUGGAUAAAAGCAUAUCAGAAGCAGCUGCUUCUAGUGGAAAUUUAGAGUGUUUAAAAUAUAUUCAUAAAAAUGGUUGCAAUUGGGAUAAAGGCACAACUCGAGCUGCUGCAGCAAAUGGUUGUUUCGAUUGCUUAAAGUACGCCGACGAAAAUGGAUGUCCUUGGGAUGAGAGUACAACUAGAGCUGCUGCAGCAAGUGGAUGUUUAGAGUGCUUGGUAUAUGCUCAUGAAAAUGGAUAUAUUUGGGAUAAAGAUACAAUAAUUGUAGCCGCUGUGUAUGGUAAUUUAGAUUGCCUAAAAUAUGCCAGCGAACAUGGUUGUGGUUGGGUUGAAGGUACGACGCGAGGAGCGGCAGCGAAUGGACAAUUAAACUGCUUAAAGUAUGCCCAUGAUAAUGGUUUUGAGUGGGACGAAGGAACAACAAGGGAAGCUGCCGCCGGUGGUUAUAUUAGUUGUUUGAUAUUUGCACAUAAAAAUGGAUGUAAAUGGGAUAAUGGAACAAAGAGUGGCGCUGCUGCAAAUGGUCAUUUAGAAUGCCUAAAAUAUAUUCACGAAAAUGGGUGUGAGUGGGAUGAAAAUACAACAAGACUUGCUGCUGCAAAUGGUCAAUUUCGUAGCUUAAAAUAUGCUCAUGAAAAUAAUUGUCCGUGGAGUAAAGACACUAUUUUUGAAGCUACUCAAAAUGGUUAUACUAAUAUAAUCAAUUAUGCUACCGAAAAUGGAUGUCCUAAUUAGUUAAUUGUUUAAAUGCCAAUAUUUUAAUUAAAUUUAUUUUUGUUGAUUAUUUAGAUUCUUUUAAAAAUAAAUUACCUUGAAAUGUAA